UUCUUCGUAUGUUCCAUCAAGCUAGAUAGCUCCACCACCACCCUAGGACUCCUUUCUCCUACUCCUCCACCUCCACCACCACGAAUGCACCUCCGCCACCCGCCACCGGCCACCGGCCACCGCCGUAGUUACAAGUCAAGGCCUAUAUAUGUAGCCACAGCUCAAAGCUAGCUAGCCCUAUUUGUGAGAAACCCCAAAAAGUUAUUCAAAAUUUCCAUUUUAUGUGCAAUUUUGAAGCCCACAUUUAUGUUUCCCACCAAUCAUGAAAACCCUUUCCCUCUCCCCUAUGAUCAUCCCCAAAACCCUAGCUCAACACACCAUGAUUUAGAUCACCAACCACCUCCCUUUCACCUCCACUUCCCCUCCCCGUUUCUCGACGACACCGACGACUCCCCGUUGAGCCAAGUGUUCUCCCAGCCGCCGCAGCAUGGAACCCACGACGCCGCCGCCGGAGACAACCAAGCCGGCCGGGGCGGCAAGACUAAGAAGGGCGGCGGCGGCGGCCGGAAGAGAAACCCCGGCAAGAAGAAGGACCGGCACAGCAAGAUAUGCACGGCGCGAGGGGUGAGGGAUCGGCGAAUGAGACUCUCCCUGCAAAUCGCUCGAAAGUUCUUCGAUCUCCAAGACACGCUAGGGUUCGACAAGGCCAGCAAGACCAUAGAGUGGCUGUUCUCCAAAUCCAAGAACGCCAUCAAAGACCUCAUGAGAACCAAGAACAUCAACGCCGCCGGCUUCUCAAGCAGCGAUGAAUAUGAAGAAGUGGGAUCAAUCAGCACGGCCACAAAGGAGUCACGACAAGAAGCCAGAGCUAGGGCUAGGGAAAGAACAAUGGAGAAGAAGAAAAAGAAGAUGAUGAUGAUGAUGAUAAGAGGUCUGGAAAAUUCAAGCACUAGUAGUUUUGAGCAAUUGGGAUCUUCAAGCAACAGCCCUUUUCUUGAAGAAUCAUGUUGUCAAGAAAUUAAGAGCAAUAAUCCAUGCACAGACUUAACUCAGCCGUUCAGUAGGCAGUAUUUGAAAGAAGAAGAAAUCAGGAGCAAUAAUCCCUGCACAGACUCAGCUCAGUGGUUCAGUAAGUCGCAUCUGGGAGAAGAAGAAAUUAGGAGCAAUAAUACAUGCACGGACUUAGCUCAAUGGUUCAGUAGUACGCAGUAUUUGAAAGAAGAAGAAAUCAGGAGCAACAAUCCCUGCACAGACUUUGCUCAGUGGUUCAGUAAGUCGUAUCUGGGAGAAGAAGAAAUCAGGAGCAAUAAUAUAUGCACGGACUUAACUCGGUUCAUUAGUAAGCAGUAUUUGGGAGAAGAAGAAAUUAGGAGCAAUAAUGUCCCAUUAGGGUUCGAAAACCAAUUCUCUAGUAGUGUUGGGAUCAUGGAGAAUUAUCAAGAACAUAAUAGUGAAAGCUUCAUGGGUUUUCUUGGGAAUUGGGAUCUCGCCGGCGCUGGCUCCGGCGCCGGAAUCAGCGCUUAUACAGAUGGAUUAUUGGCUCCAUUUCCAGGUAUUAAUCCUAGUACUACCCUUUAUUUCGAUGCCACGAGUUUUCAAUUCCGGCAGCCUUUGGAUCAAGAAAGACAAAUCUCCUACAACCCGUAUAGUUUGGGUUAAUGCAUAUGAUUAAAAUGUAUGGAUUGUCCUAUAUUUUUAUGGGCAACUAUAUAUAGUAUCCUAUGUUCUUGAAUUAUUGCACUAAGUACAGAACUGCACAUUUAUUAAAGAGCUUUUUGCAACUAUUGUAUACCAGUAGCAGAUACUAGGGUUACGGAGAGUCUUGAACUUUCCGCUUGUGGAACUUUUUCUUGCUUUCAUGUUGG